CUACAGUUUCCGGUCUCCUGCUGUCUGUCCCGGUGAUAGGACUGUGUGGAAACAAGAUACUGCAACAAGUCUGUUUUUGAAGGGAAUGUGAACAGUCACUUCAAACAGGCUCUGGACCACUGUCUGUCCAUCCAGUAAUUACAAGAAGGAGCUACAUUGCUACAGGUUUACCAAGGUGAGUGAUUUGGAAGAAGAGCACAGAGCAGAGUCUGUAUCAUCCAUCUCUGAAUCUAUGGAGAGUGACCAGACCAGAGAAGACCCUCCAGGUUUCAGUCAUGAACCUCAACCCCCAGACACAGAAGAGGGGAAGAGGAGUGAUGUUUCUGUGGAGCAGCAGCUGUCCUCCUGUGCCUUGUGCCAGGAUGUCCUGAAGGAUCCAGUCUCUACCAGCUGUGGACACUGGUUCUGCAGACAGUGCAUCACCUCAUACUGGGACCAGUCUGGUCCAUCAGGAGACUCCUCCUGUCCUCAGUGUGGACAAAGAUCCAGAUCAAGACCUGGACUGCAGACAGCCAGUCAGACCAGCACUGUACAAACAGAUAGUGGUCUGCAGGAGGUUUUAGAUGAACAUAAGAUCAGUCUGAGGAGGAGAUGUGAACGUGUGACUGAAGGAACUGAUGGAACAGGAAGUAGAACCCUCCUCAACAGGAUCUACACUGAGCUCUACAUCACAGAGGGACAGAGUGAAGAGGUUAAUACCCAACAUGAGGUGAGGCAGCUGGAGACAGCUUCCAAGAAGAAGACCCUCCAUGACACUCCAAUCAGGUGCCAGGACAUCUUUAAAGCCUUACCUGACCAACAGAGACCCAUCAGAGUGGUUCUGACCAACGGCGUCGCUGGUGUUGGAAAAACCUUCUCAGUGCAGAAGUUCACUCUGGACUGGGCAGAGGGCUUGGAAAACCAAGAUGUCAGUCUGCUGGUUCUGCUUUCGUUCAGGGAGCUGAACCUGAUCAGAGAUGAGCAGUACAGUCUUCUCACGCUGCUCCAUGUUUUCCAUCCAACAUUACAGAAGGUCACAGCAGAGAAGCUGGCUGUCUGUAAAGUUCUGUUCAUCUUUGACGGCCUGGAUGAAAGCAGACUUUCACUGGAUUUCAACAACAGGAAGGUUGUGUCUGACGUCACGCAGAAGUCAUCAGUCAACGAGCUGCUGACAAACCUCAUCCAGGGGAAUCUGCUUCCCUCGGCUCUGGUCUGGAUAACUUCCAGACCUGCAGCGGCCAAUCAGAUCCCUCCUUCAUGUGUUGACAGGGUAACAGAAGUACGAGGCUUCACUGACCCACAGAAGGAGGAGUACUUCAGGAGGAGAUCCAGUGAUGAAGAGCUGUCCAACAGAACCAUCUCACACAUCAAGACCUCCAGGAGCCUCCACAUCAUGUGUCAAAUCCCAAUCUUCUGCUGGAUCACUGCUACAGUUCUGGAGCACAUGUUGACUACAGAGCAGAGAGGAGAGCUGCCCAAGACCAUGACUGACCUGUUCUCACACUUCCUGCUGGUUCAGACAAAGAGGAAGAAGAACAAGUACGAUAAGGGACAUGAGACAAGUCCACAGGAGCUGACGGAGGCUGACAGGGAAGUUCUUCUGAAGCUGGGGAGGCUGGCAUUUGAACAUCUGGAGAAAGGAAACAUCAUGUUCUACCAAGAAGACCUGGAGCAGUGUGGUCUUGAUGUGACAGAGGCCUUGGUGUACUCAGGAGUUUGUACAGAGAUUUUCAAAAGAGAGAGUGUGAUCUUCCAGAAAACAGUCUACUGCUUUGUUCAUUUGAGCGUUCAGGAGUUUCUGGCUGCAGUCUACAUGUUCCACUGUUUCACCAACAGGAACACACAGGUACUGAAGGACUUCCUGAAAAAAGACUGGAACAACACAAACCCUAAACUGUCCCGGGAGGGCUUCCUGGGGAAUCAAGAUCAGGAACAUGAUGAUGACCAAUAUUAUGAUGGUGACAGUGACCCAUCUCUGGAUGUCUUUCUGAGGAGAGCUAUGGAGAAAUCCCUUCAAAGUAAAAAUGGCCACCUGGACCUGUUUGUUCGCUUCCUUCAUGGCCUCUCUCUGGAGUCCAACCAGAGACUCUUAGGAGGCCUGCUGGGUCAGACAGAGAACAGUCCAGAAAUUAUCCAGAGAGUCAUCAACAACUUGAAGGAGAUGACCAUGUAUUAUACAUCUCCUGACAGAAGCAUCAACAUCUUCCACUGUCUGAUGGAGAUGAACGACCACUCAGUUCAUCAGGAGAUCCAAGAGUUCCUGAAGUCAGAGAACAGAUCAGAGCAGAGACUCUCUGUGUUUCAGUGCUCAGCUCUGGCCUACAUGCUGCAGAUGUCAGAGGAGGUUCUGGAUGAGUUGGACCUGGACGAGUACAAUACAACAGACGAGGGACGACUGAGACUGAUCCCAGCUGUGAGGAACUGCAGCAAGGCUCGAUUUAGUAAUUGUGGACUCUCAGAGAUUCAUUGUGAAGUUGUGGCCUUAGCUCUGAAGUCCAACCCCUCCCAUCUGAUAGAACUGGACCUGACUCACAACUGGCACCUGGAGGAUUCAAGAGUGAAGAUACUGUCCUCUGGACUGGAGAGUCCAAACUGUAGACUGGAGACUCUGGGGUUGGGAUUCUGUUGUUUGUCAGAGAUCAGCUGUGCUUUUCUGGCCUCAGCCCUGAAGUCCAACCCCUCCCACCUGAAAGGACUGGAGAUGAGCUACAAUGAGCUGGGUGAUUCAGGAGUGAAGGAGCUGUGUGGUUUUCUGCAGAGUCCAGACUGUAGACUGGAGACUCUGAGAUUUAGGUGCUGCAGGUUGUCAGCGAUCAGUUGUGCUUCCCUGGUCUCAGCUCUGAAGUCCAACCCCUCCCAUCUGAGAGAACUGGACCUGAGUAGAAAUGAAAAGCUGCAGGAUUCAGGAGUGAAGGAGCUGUGUGGUUUUCUGCAGAGUCCAGACUGUAGACUGGAGACUCUGAGGUUGAUGAACUGCAGUUUGUCAGAGAUCAGCUGUUCUUCUCUGGUCUCAGCUCUGAAGUCCAACCCCUCCCAUCUGAGACAUCUGGACCUGAGUCACAACAAGCUGCAGGAUUCAGGAGUGAAGGAGCUGUGUGGUUUUCUGCAGAGUCCAGACUGUAGACUGGAGACUCUGAGGUUGAUGGACUGCAGUUUUUCAGGGAUCAGCUGUUCUUCUCUGGCCUCAGCUCUGAGGUCCAACCCCUCCCAUUUGAGAGAACUGGACCUGAGUAGAAAUGAAAAGCUGCAGGAUUCAGACAUGAAGGAGCUGUGUGAUCUUCUGGAGAGUCCAGACUGUAGACUGGAGACUCUGAGGGUCGACGGCAGGGAGAUUAAAGCUUCCAAAGACAAAACCUCAGAUGCAAAGCCAGAUGUUUCUGAGGACGACACGAAGAAGCUGGAUGCGUCUGAGAACGACAUGAAAAAGCCAGAUGUGUCUGAGAACGACAUGAACCUGAUGAAGCCUCCAUCAAGCUUCACACCUGAGCUGCAAACUGAAUCUGCACGAGUCUCAUACAGGUUCAGGUGUCCUGGUCCAGGUGGGUUUGGGUGUUCUUCAACUGGACUGGUGUUUGUUGUGGAUAAGGAGGCGGAGCUGCUCUACAGGACCGUCCAAUGGGAUAACAGCCUCCUCCAAACAGCUGGCAAGACACCUGCUGGGCCACUGUUCAAUAUCCAGUGUCCUGAGGCUGCUGUCUGUGAGCUCCACCUCCCACACUGUGAAACUAAGGAUGCUCUGAUCCAUGAAGGCCUGCUGUUGGUCGUCCACGUCACUGAGGAUGGAAUAAGCUUCCUCAACCCGCUGGAGAUCACAGACACUCAUGUGAUCGUCAAAGUCCCUCAUCUCUCCUCCUUCGGCCUCGUCUGGGUUUCGGAGAUGUUGGGGAGGUUAUGGAACUACAUGAAACCAGUUAGCGGCCAUGUUUUCUUGUUCCUCCGACCACCAAACCCCAAAACACAGAAGCAAAACCUCAAUGUGUUUCUCCUGCCGAGCAACGUCCCCCUGCAAGAGGUGAGGACAAAACAGCAAAAUUCUCUGUUCAUCGAGGUGCCUUCCUAUUGCAGACUCAUCAUAAAUCACAGUUACACUGUUCACUGUGUGAAGGCCCAUAAAGUACAGCCUAAGAAAAUAGAGUUUGACCUGGAUGUUGGACCAAAUUACCUCCCAACGUUUCAGAUCCGCCUGCCGACAAACAUAGAGGAAGCGACCGUCACAGUCCGAGACCAAACAGAUACAGAUGUCUGGGAGAGUGAAGUUGACGUGUCUGGUCAGGCAGACAUGAGUGUCCCAGCAGCAGCAGCAGGGACUCUGAGUGUCCCAGCAGCAGCAGCAGGAUCUCUGAGCGUCUCAGCAGAAAAGAUGCUGAAGUCUGUUCGGACUCAGUUUAUCAGCAGAGUUUCUGAACCUGUUCUACAGAAGCUGCUGGAUAAACUCCUGGAGCGUGGGGUGAUAACUGAUGAUGAGAUGGAUUUAUCAGGAACAGCGAGCAGGGCAGACAAAGCUCGAGUGGUGAUGGACACGGUGCGAAGAAAAGGAUCAGAGGCCAGUUUAGCUCUGAUCUCUGCUCUCUGUGAGGAGGAUCGAUGCCUUUCAGCAGAGCUGAACUUAACGUGAAGCAGGAGCAGAGUAUCAGACUGUUUCUGUCUGACACCAACACAUCUGUAAUUCUUCAGUUUAUCCGUUUAACUUUUUCUCUGUUUUUUAUGAGUGAAUCAGGGUAACUGGACUGUGCUGUUUCACAUGAUAAAUUCAGUAUAAUGUAUAUUUCCACAGCUCUGGUUACAUCAGUGUUGUCAGAGACAAGGUUUAAUGUAGAGGUGAACCCUGUGUUCUCUCUGCUGGAAAUGGAAAUCUAUCCUGCUGUGAUCCAUUGAAGACUUGUAUAUUGAGCCAAAUGUACCUGUACAGUUACUUAAUGUGUUUGCUACUGGAGCUUUAAUCGCAGUUUUUUGUCUCAAAUCAUCUGUGUUGUAUGAAUGCAUGUAUGUUGUAUGUAGCAGUUGGACACUAGGAUCCAUGUACAUCACCUCCACUUCCUAUUGUAAUGACUGAUGUCUAUUUUGAGAUGUUGUUGAAAAGUGCUCAGUAGAUGUGUUAGCUGAAAUAAUUGUCCCCUAUCCUGAUGAAGAUGCCUAUGGUGUGUGCAUUAGUGCAUGAGCAUACGAUAGACUAAGGGUCACAGUUUGAAAAGGUUUGAAAAUAUGGUCACUCUAUAUUUGUUUGUGCAACAUACAAAGGGUUUUAUAGUAAAAAAAAAAAAUAUAUAUAUAUAUAUAUAUAAAAAGUAUAAAAUAGCAUUAAAUGGAAAUACUCAGGGAAAGUACAAGUACCUCAAGUUUGUACUAUAAAGUUGAUGUAAACACCAAGUUUAAGGAGAUACAUUCUCAGGAUCAAGUUAUUUCAGAUUUCAGACCAACGUCUAAGUUUUCCAUUCAAUACACGACAAAAGAAAAAUAUUAGAUAUGUGGCAGAUUAAAAUAUUCCACUCACCAUCACUGCUGUUAAUGUCA